UACCCUAUUCUCUACUCUCUACUCCCUCUUGGCAGAUACACUUGACGCUACUCCCCUUCUUCUUCUUCUCUGAUCCACGUUAUUGUUACUCUUCUUCCCAUAACACAUUAGGGUUUCAUCCAAUCAUGAACUGUGAAGUUUUUCAGCUCAACGAACUCGUAAUUGAGAAAGUUGAGAAACACGAAGUUUUGCGAUGUAUAUUGCACAUGAUCAUGUUUCAUCGGACUUAUGGUCCUGUGCGUCCAAAAGAUGCAAACAUGGAACUCUGUGAUAUUACCUAUGUUUAAUGUGGAUAGUUUGAGGUUGAGAAGAAUAUAGAAGAGAAAAUUGGGGAGUUUCUUGAUUGGUUGGUGAAACAACCAAUCAAAAAGAGUCAGAUAUGCUUAUCUUUCUAUGAGGUUAAAAACAAGAAAGCAUAUUGGUUCAGUAAUAGGAUUGAGCGUUUGUAUUUUGAGCAUUGGUAUAUUAAUUUGAAUUUGAAACCACAUUCAGUCGAGGCUUGUCAUUCUGAAGUUGCUGAUUACAGAGAGAGAGCAUUGGAGGCUAAUAAUGCUCGAAGGAAAGCACUUGAAGUAUCAGUACGUGAUGUUUUAUUUCAAAUAAUCGAUUUCGUCAACAAAGAGGACGAUCAUGUUCCACCAAUACAAAAUUUUGAGGAUGUUAUUUCGUUUCCAUAUGAAAUUACAAUACCUAGACGAGUUGUGUAUACUUUCUAA